CUCUUGCAAUUGGAGUUUCCCACCCAUCCUGAGCGAGCCAUCUUUCUCACUCGUCGUCGGUGUCUCUAUCCCUUUUCGUCGUUUCCUACCACCGUCCCGGCUAUCCCUCUCAUCCUCCAUCCACAGCACCCGGACGCUAACCCCCUUCUCAACCACCGCAGCCAUGUCCAACCCUCGAACCAACCCCUCCGCCGGCGUCAAAUCCCUCCGCGCCAUGUUCGAAAACGCCGAUCCCAGCCCGUCGUCGCCCGCCGCCGAGCCCCGCGGCCGCUCGCCCGCCGCCAGCAGCGUGACCAGCGACCGCAGCUCGCGCCCGAUUUCGAAAGUGCGCACGUCAUUCGUCAGCGUGCAGCCGAGCGGGCAGCAGGUGCGGACCCCGAGCGCGUCGAAUAUGGAGAGUUCACUGUCGCGGCGUCGGGAGAGCUUCAGUGCCGAUGGUCAGGAGGUGAAGGAGGAGGUGAAGAAGGUGGUGAGCGGGGAGUUAAGGACGAGUGUGGGAAGUGCAGGGAUUCAGGAGGCGAUACCGGAGCAGCCGCUGGAGACGCCAGGGGAAGGGGAGGAGAAAGUGUUUGGGGGGAGGGUGGAGGGCAAGGCGUUGGUUGGGGAAUUAAGUGAGAAGCUGCAGGGGUUUCAUAUAUCGGGCAAGAAGGAGGAGAAGCCGAAGGCGGCGGUGGAAGACGAGAUGGCGGACAAGCCCGAGGAUCCGAAAAAGGAGAAUCUUGCCUCUGGUAGUGCAGCGCCUUCGCCGUCGAAAGAACUGACACCACUGUCGGACACGACGAACACUGGAAAAUCUAUGGUGCCGGAGAGUCCGCUUCAGGAGAAUCCAGUACAAAAGUCUAUAGUGCAAGUUCCUGCCGUCCACGAGCAGAGAGUGCAAGAGCCUACUGUCCAACAACAGAUGGUGAAAGAGCCGACCGUCCAAGAGCGGACUGUGCAAGAGCCUAAAGGGCAGGAUGCCAUACCAACGGAUAUCAGUCAAUCCGAACCCGUCGAGGCCUCGAAACCAGCGACCAACGGUACACCAGAACCUACGGAUGCGCCAAAGACACCAGUCUCUAAGAAGACGAAUGGAACACCUUCCACGAAACCGGUCGCUAAACCUCAGGAAUCGAAACGGCAACCUCGUGUGGAGCCGAAACCCGUCGCGAAGCCCCUUGUAAAACCCAAUGGACAAGCAAAGGGGCCGAUGUCAAAAGCUUCGGCGACUGCAUCCGUGCACCCACCAGCCCCAACAAAGUCAAUCACCAAGCCGUCCAAGCCCAGCGCUUCCACUUCCACUCCCAAUCCUACAAAACCAACAUCCACCUCCGGCCCAUCCAACCCCAUCCAGCCCCCACGCUCCCCCGCCCCAAAAUCCUCCCGCGCCUCCCUCCGCGCUUCCACCACAUCCACCUCCACCACCAGCACCCUCCACCCCCCAUCCACCGGCUUCGUCAAACCUCGCCCCAAGUCCCCCACCCGACCCAUCACCCUCCCCGCACACCUAGUCGCCCCAACCACCAGCUCCUCCGCCAAGCUCCGCGACUCCACCGCCUCCGCCACUACUACCGCCACCAGCAAACCCCUCUCUCGCAAACCCUCCACCCUCACCCGCGACCGCGUCGCCGCCCUUCCCAAACAACAACCCCACAGCAGCUUUGGCCCCGCCCCCCGCCGGGUCUCCUCCCGCGCCAGCCUCGGCGGCGCAUCGACUGCGGGCAGCGUUAGCGGCGAUCGGCAUACGAAGACGGCGCCGGACGAGGGGUUCUUGGCGCGGAUGAUGCGGCCGACGCAGAGUAGUUCGUCGAAGGCGAGGGAGGAGCUUGGGGGUGCGAGCGCCGGGGCGGGAGCCGGUGGGAGAAGGGGUGGGAGGGCCGGGGCGAGUGGGAGGGAGGGGAAGGUGAAUGGGGUGAAGGGGGUUGGGGCGAGGAAACCGGUGGAGAGUGCGGAGGGGCAGAGUGUGGUUGAGGAGACGGUGGGGGAGGUGCCGGAGAGUGCGGUGGGAGAUGUAUCGAUGGAAUCCGGGGUGACGACAGAUGAGGUGCCAGUCGAAGAAGUGGAAGAGGUUCUCGUGGCACCAUCGGCUCAGUGAAUUGAUCUCAGCCUGAAUAUCGACAAUAUCAGAAUAGCAUAGCACGGCGUUGCCAACAUCCGAUUUUUGAUAUUUCGGCAUCACAGCGUCCCUCCUCCCUAGUUAGUUCAAU